CAAGAAAACAAUUAAAAACAUAAUAACCUAAAUAUCCAGUAUCCAUAAUAAUCAGAUGUAACUACUUCAAUUAAAUAGAUUAAACGGAAUAAAACAUUUUCAAACAUGAAUACAAUCAACAAAAAUAAAUAACAGCCAUAAAAUAAAGUAUUCAAGUCUUCUUACUCUGAGAAUAAAAACCAAGCAGGUGAUUCAACCAUCAGCUCCUGAAGAGCAACAGCGCCUCCAGCUGGUGAUUCUUAUGAACUGCAAACACCUUUCACACAAUAAAUAAUCUGACAAUCAUCAGACCAGUCUGCAUCCGGAGCUCAACCAUGUCACAUAUGGAGAUUUAUUUGCGUGAUUUAGAUUAAUUUCUGCACAUAUCAUCACGCAUAUCAUCACGCAUCUUCCUCCUCCUGCUGCGGUGUGAUUCUGCAGAUUCUCUUUAUUAAAGGGACCCGUCGCGGCUCCAGACCCUCCUCUUCCUCCGGGUGUUUGGACGCAUUUUCCACCAACUGUGUCCGAGAUGACGGCGGCCAACAGCAGGUACAGGAGCCGCACAGCCCGGUCAGGUAAGCUGAGCCUCCAACCCUGCAGGUGAUCAACAACCUGCCGCGCGCGCGCUUCACAGCUGGCUGCUUAAUUAAGCAUCGAUUAAUGAGAUGAUUUUUCUGUUUCUUGCUCUGCUCCUGGAAACGGCUUCAUGCUUCAUGCUGCUGCUCCCCCCCCCACACCCCUCCAAAAAACCGGACUGAUGUCUCCCGGAAUUCACGCCACAGAUGACGGAGAGGAAAAAGAGUACGUUGGUUUUGCGACGCUGCCCAACCAGGUGCACAGGAAGUCGGUGAAAAAAGGAUUUGACUUCACUCUCAUGGUGGCAGGUGAGUCUGGCCUGGGUAAAUCCACCCUGGUAAACAGCUUGUUCCUCACUGAUCUGCAUAAAGACAGGAAACUGCUGAAUGCCGAGGAGCGUAUCAGUCAGACUGUGGAGAUCACAAAGCACACGGUGGACAUUGAGGAGAAGGGGGUGAAGCUGAAACUCACUAUUGUGGACACCCCGGGUUUUGGAGAUGCUGUCAACAACACAGAGUGCUGGAGGCCAGUCACAGACUACAUUGAUCUCCAGUUUGAGCAGUACUUCAGAGACGAGAGUGGACUCAACAGGAAGAACAUCCAGGACAACAGAGUGCACUGCUGCCUCUACUUCAUACCUCCGUUCGGACAUGGGCUUCGUCCGGUUGAUAUCGAGUUCAUGAAGGCGCUUCAGGAUAAGGUCAACGUGGUUCCUCUUAUCGCUAAAGCUGACUGCCUCACACCCAGUGAGAUAAAGAAACUCAAAGAGCGACUGAGGGAAGAGAUAGAUAAGUACGGGAUAAAGAUCUACCAGUUCCUUGACUGCGACUCUGAUGAGGACGAGGACUUCAAGCAGCAAGAUAAAGAGCUGAAGGAGAGCUCUCCGUUUGCGGUGAUCGGCAGCAACACUGUGGUAGAAGCCCGAGGUCAGAGAGUGAGAGGGAGGCUCUACCCCUGGGGGAUUGUGGAGGUGGAGAACCCGUCCCACUGCGACUUUGUGAAGCUGAGGACCAUGCUGAUAAGAACCCACAUGCAUGACCUGAAGGACAUCACCAGCGACUGUCACUAUGAGAACUACAGAGCUCAGUGCAUCCAGACCAUGACCAGUAAGAUGAAUGCGGAUAAGCGGGUGGAGAGCCCCAUCCCGAUCCUGCCGCUGGCCACACCCGACGUGGAGACGGAGAAACUCAUCAAAAUGAAGGAUGAGGAACUGAGGAGGAUGCAGCAGAUGCUCCAGAAGAUGCAGCAGCAGAUGCAUGAGCAGGAUCUGUGACCUCUGACCUUUAUACCUUUCAUUUUGGGCGGGGACACACACACAAGAUAAUCAAUCACAUAGCACAGAUUUAAAGCUUCACUAACGACAUCUCUACAUGGGAUGAGAUCAGAACAGUUCAGAUGUGACACAUUAAAUGCAUGGAUGAAUGACAGCAUGCUGGGAGAUGUAUUUUAUUAGUUUAAAUGGGUUUUUUUUUAGCAUUAUUAAAACUUUCAUUAAACUUUUUUUAAUGCAGUCAUUAGCCAAGUGAGUCUAGUUAGGCAAUAGAGAGUAGAUUGCACUUUGUCACCUUUAGAUCUCCGUAGAUUUCCAAGACAAAAUACUAAAGACUAAUGCACCAUAAACCCUGAUUCAUUUAGGGACUGUACACAAAUUAUUAGGGUGGGGGGGGGGGCUGAAGAUUAUUUUUAACUUUUUUAAAAAGCAAGGCCUUCCCCAGCAUCAUUAGAAAAUUUUAACCCUCCCACCAAGAGAAAAACUAUAACACCCUCUCUGCAAUAUCUUAAUAUAAUAGUAAUAUAAAUAUAAAUGAUUAUAUACAUAUAUAAUUAUUAAAUAUAAAUCAAUAAUAAUAUAAAUAAUAUAACACUUUUGUGUUGGUACGGUUUUGCUAUUAAAAAUAAAGUGCACAAUGAAUUUAAAAUUGAAGUUUAAACUUUAAAUUCCAGCCAUUCUUUAUUUAGGAUAGAAUUGAAUAAAACUUUAUUAUCCCACUACGUCUUUGUCUCACCAUUAAAAACAACACAAUAAAAACAGUGAAGACACACACAAGGUCAAACAGAUAUUCUAGUGCUGUUUGUUACAAAGGAUCCCUGAUAUAUAUUUUGUUGACCAGAUGUGUCCUUUAACUUUCAGACGAGAUGUCACUGUCAUUUUUUAUAACACAUUUACUUUUUUGUACACAUUUUUUCUGUAGUUCUACUUUCUGUUAAGAUGUAGAAUAAUUAGGCUACGCUUCCCUCAGCAAAAAACAACAACAUAACCCUCCCUUAUUCCCUAAUAAUUUUCACACAGUCCUUUAAUAGUUAAUGCACUGAUUGCGUGGGCAUCUACGUGUAGAGUGACGCUGAGGUUGAAAGGUGGUUGGUGGUUCAUCAUUCUUGUUCUAGUGAUUCUGAGUGGUGCAGUUUGUCACUGUUGGUUUUCCUUAUAAUAACUUAUGGCACUUAUAAACAGUAUGUCGCUCCUGUUCUACUGUCGUAAACCACUUCACACCACCAUGUGAGAAUUCUAUGCUGAUCAUGAUGUGUCACUGUGUAGCCAUAGCAACUGUGGCUAAUAGCAAUAGCAACCAUAGCUUUGGACAAAGUUUGACCAUCGAUCUUAGCUGUAUUCCAAUUGACACUGUGUCAAAAUGUCAUUUUUAAAAAUGUAUUUAUUUAAACCUGUGAUAACUGACUUUUUGUCCACUUUGGGUCAAGUUGUGAACACAAGUUAAUGUGUUGAACUUGCAAACAGUUUAUUGUUUAUUUCCACAUCCAGCAGUUACGGAGCAACGUUAUCAUUCAUUUGGAGUCGUGUUUCUGUC